CUACGGACAGGGGAGAGGCUGGUGCCUUAAGAGCUGCUUAUUCUCUGCACAUCGACCACAAGUAAGAGCUCCCUGGUGCAUCAGAAGAUAUUUUAAGAGGUGAAGACAAAAUGGCAUCCAACUACACAAACACAACGCAUUUUAAUGAUACAAACUACUUUGGUGGAAGUCAUGCUCCAGACUCCGUCAUACAUUAUACAAUAGCAGCUGCUGUUGCCAUGGGCCUCUGUCUGAUUGGAAUAGUGGGAAAUAUAAUAGUGUUCUGGUACCUUUUCUUCAGGAUCCCGCGGAACAAAUACACUGUUUACAUUAUUAACUUAGCUGCAGCUGACCUGCUGUUACUAACAUUUGCUGCUAUUUUAAUGAUGGUCAAUAUAAACACAUUAGUUGGUAGCAAUCCUGAUUUUGAAGGAAAUGCUGGAUUUUAUACCUUCUUAGAAAUAAUUUAUGAUCUUUCCCUAUAUUCUGGAAUGUACUUUCUAACAGCUAUCAGCAUGGAAAGAUGCAUUUCUGUGCUUUUCCCUCUUUGGUAUAAUAAUUAUCGCCCAAAGACACUGUCAGUAACAAUGUGUAUUUGCCUUUGGAUUCUUGGAUGCUCAGAAAGUCUCAUUGAAAACUUAUCAUGUACCCAAGAGGAUUUUACUAAUCAGACACCAGUUUGUACAGGAGUUGAGAUUAUGACAUUCACUUUAAGCAUUUGCAUCUGUCUGCCACUAAUGAUCCUUUCUAGUUUCACUCUGCUAAUUGCUAUAAAGAAGACCUUCAGGAACAGAUACCCACCAAGACUUUAUAUCAUCAUUAUUGCUGCAGUCUUCAUUUUCAUCUUGUCCGUGAUACCAUUCAACUUCCUCUGGUUUCUAAUGUACUUCAGACUUUUGCCUUCAAUACAAGAUACACUUGGUCUAUACUUUGCAGGUAUACUAACUGCAGCUUUAAGUUCUACUGCCAAUCCAUAUAUUUACUUCAUUGUCGGUAGACUGUGGAAACAGAAAUCAAGUCAAUCAAUUCAUGAUACUCUUCAUAGAGCCUUCAAGGCAGAAGAAGAUGAAAAGGAAGAAAUAAAAUGUGAAAAAGAAAAUACUUCAUCUAACAGUGGUGUAACAAACAGCACUUCCUGUGACAGUGAUAGAACAGAUAAUUCACAUAACACCAAUACAGAAAGUAUCGUGUGAGCAACUGCAGUUAUGGUUGUUAAAGACUGGACUUUUUAUUAGUAUACUUCCAACUGAAGGGUUUCUGCUAUAUGCUACAAAAAUGUACAGGAAAACCAAAAAUAAAACAAAUAAUGAAGACUAUUAUGAGAUAAGUUGGACCAUUAGGAAACAUUUUUACAAAAUAAAAUAAGAAUACAUUGAAAAAGUAUUUGGCCUAAUUUAAAAAAGAAAAAAACAGCCAUUAUCACUGUUUUCUUUUUGUUUACAUGCAUAAGGACUUUUUCAUAAUGUUAUAGUUUGAAUAUGCAUUUAUGUGUAUAAACAUAUACUGUAUAUAUAUUUGUCAGUAAAAGGCAUACAUUUUUUAAAAGGUAGGGAUGCUAAAUGAUUUUGAGACUAUAACUAUAUGGAAGUGCAAGGAGUGUGUUUUGACGAUAAGUAAAUAUAAUGAAUGGGGUUUAACCUGCAAAUGACUGCAGGGAAAUUUGUGCAAUUGCAACUGUGCUUUUGGUCAGAAAUAACUCCUAUAGUAUGCCAGAAGCCUAAAAAUGCAUAACUUUGUGUUUUUAAAUUUAAAUCUGCCUUUUUCGUGCCCUGACAGUGGGAUGUCAGUGGAUGCAGAAUAUAGGGCAGAAAAAAGCAAAUCGGCCUUUUCUGCCAUUUGUGCUUUGCAGGCAGAAAAUAUCCAGGUGUGCUCUAGCCUGGCCUAAGGCUAUUGGCACACAGGACUGUGCAUCAGCUUUUUUCAGACAACAUUUUCUCUGCUCAGACACACAUUGUGCAAAAAUGCAUCUGCUCUGUGCAGUAAAAUACGUGAAGCAGUGACUAUGGGUAUGCGGAGCAAACAGAUUUGUUUUCAUAUAUAUUGUCAGUUAUAGUAUGGCCAUAUGGGACAGUUCCUGAUAUUACUACUGUGAUUUAUUUUUCUCAUCCAUGAUGAAGCAGUAUCAUUUUAAAUUCAAAAGAAAAUAAAUAUGUAGGAAGGAAUAACUAUCAAGGCAUUACUUAUCUAGGCAUCUAUGGCAACAUGGUUCUAAGUCUUACUUAUUAUGAUACAGAAGAAGUUGUGGAAAUUCCAAUACUGUGUAUGAAAUGCUUAUAUAAUAAGUGUUUUUCAUGUGUUAAUAAGAGUCAAAGCAUGGUGCCAAACAAAUUGUAUUCAUUUCCCUUAUCGGAAGAGGUAUAACUGGUAUGUUAAGUUUUACUCUAUUCUAAUUCAUGUAUGAGUCAGAAUAAUUAUAUAUAUAUAUAUAUAUAUAUAUAAAUACUGGAGUCAGCAAGAAAUGACUGCUCUUAAACAGUUUCAUAUACUGUAGAUGAGGAACAUGUAUAGUGCUAGACAAUACUGGAUGUGAUACUUUCUUUAUGCUGUAACAGUGUACACAUGUUGUAAGUAUAUUUUUAUUAAAAUAGUGAUGCUUGUGUACACAUUAUUGUUAUUAAUACAAUACAGAAUACAAAUAAACUAAGGAAUGCAUGAG